GGUCCUCAACAGCUCGAGCUCUGUUGCUCUGCCUCCCUUCCUGUCCCAACUGCUCUUGGGCUUUAGUUUCAUGUCCAAAAUCUUCCUCUGCUUUCCAAAAAUAAGCCACUGCCGCCAUGCUGAAGGGAGAAAAACAAGAAGGGCGGUAUUUUUAGGGCCAUUAAUUCUGACCACGUGCCCGGGAGGUGAACCUGAUGGCCAUCGCGCAAAGACGACUCAUCACUAUGUCCUGCGAAGCGAGCGUCCACUUGACGUUCCCUGCUUUUGUUGUCCUGGGUUUCCUGGCCGAGAUAGUCUCCUCGUACCCAGUGGUGAGCAGAACAAAUGGCACCCUGCUGGAGAGAGGAUGGGAGUCCCUCUUGUCUAGGUCCCUUGCUGGAAUGUCAGGAGACAGAUCUGAAGUCAACUGGGAGACUGACUAUUUGCUAGGAAUCAAGCGGCAGCGGAAGCUUUACUGCAAUGUGGGCAUUGGGUUUCACCUCCAGAUAUUUCCAGAUGGAAGGAUAAGUGGCGUUCAUGCUGAAAACCAAUACAGUCUAUUGGAAAUCUCAACAGUAGAACGAGGUGUGGUUAGUCUGUUUGGUGUGAGAAGCACCCUUUUUAUCGCAAUGAACCAGAAAGGAAGAUUAUAUGGCACUGCAACUUUUCAAGAUGAAUGCAAAUUCAGAGAAACUCUCCUUCCCAAUAACUACAACGCCUAUGAGUCGUAUGCCUACAGAGGCUCUUACAUAGCCCUCAGCAAGUACGGGAAAGUGAAGCGCGGAUGCAAAGUCUCUCCUGCUCAGACAGUCACACACUUUUUACCCAGAUUGUGAAAAUGAGAGUCAGGAGCAUUCAAGUACUGUUUCAUUUUGCACAUGUGAAUAAUCUCCCGGGUAAAGUAUUGAUCUUCACACUUCCGUGAAUAUAUGUAUAUCUGAAUGAAAAUUAUUUGAACUGGAUCUG